AAUUUUACCAGAGCGAAAAAUUCAGUGAGGCAAUCUAAAAAAAAAAAAGAGUGAUUUUUAAUUUUUUUUCUCCCCCCUCUCUAACAUCCCGCUUCUUGAGAUCCCUUUCUGUCAUCGUCUGUCUUUCAAGAAAUUUUCAGCGAUUUUGAAAACGGUUUGUUUUUCUUGGUUUUGGGUUUUGAUUAAUACUGAAAUUUUCGUUAAAAACAAGCCCAGAUUAACAGGUGGUGGUUUUUUGAAAGCCAGGUGAUUCAGAAUAGAGAUCCAAUUUAGUUUUUUUUUUUUUUAUAAAGCUUGAUUAUAGUAUAAAUCUUUUGAUUUUGAUUAAAAUUACCAGGAGGGUCUGUUUUUCUAUCCCUCAGGUUCUUGAUUUUCUUGUUUUUCUUCAGAUCUUUGAUUUUUGUGUGUGUUUUGACUUUUGAGAAGCCAUGGCAGCAGCUAUAGAUAUAUACAAUAGCAGCAGUCCGGUAUAUAUAGAUCCUUUUAGAGAAGAACUUAUGAAGGCACUUGAACCUUUUAUGAAAGGUGCUUCUUCUUCUCCUCCCCCUUCUUCUUCUUCUUCUUCUUUAUCUUCUUCACCUUCUAUUUCUUCUUCUUCGUCGUAUUAUCCGUUUGAAUCUUCUUUCUCAACGGAUCCAUAUUUGUACCAUGAAUUUGCCCCGAUCCCGAUGUUUUCGGGUUUUGAGAGAUUAGGGUUUGAGCAAAGAGGUCCGAUAGGGCUAAAUCAGCUCACCCCAUCUCAGAUCCUUCAAAUUCAAGCUCAGAUUCAUCUGCAAAACCAGGAACAACAAUCCUUAUCCUCUGUUGUUCUUCCUCGGCAACAAGUGAGCUCCUGUUUGGGAUAUCUGGGGCCCCGACCCGUUUCUAUGAAGCAAAGCGGAGCCCCGAAUAAGCCCGCGAAGCUUUACCGGGGCGUGAGGCAAAGGCACUGGGGGAAAUGGGUUGCGGAGAUUAGGCUUCCGAGGAACCGUACGAGGUUGUGGCUUGGAACGUUUGAUACGGCUGAAGAAGCCGCCUUGGCUUACGACAAGGCGGCUUAUAAGCUGAGAGGGGAGUACGCGCGGCUUAAUUUCCCGGAUCUUCGGCAUCGGCUCAGCCAGGAUUUCGCCGACUUUAAGCCGCUGCCGUCCUCCGUCGACGCCAAGCUUCAAGCCAUUUGCCAGAACCUAGCCGAGUCGCAGAAACCGGGCCCGGUUCAUACAAAGCGGACCAAAAACAAACCGGAAAAUAAAAUCAAACCGGAAUCCGGUUCAUCAUCUUCAGAUUCCCCCGCUCUCUCCGAGGAAUCUUCGCCAGAAUCCGACAUCACGUUCCUCGAUUUCCCCGAGCCCUCGUUCGAGGAAUCCGAGAAUUUCAAUCUCCAGAAGUUUCCGUCGGUGGAGAUCGAUUGGUCAGCGCUGUGAUUACAAAUUUCAUAGCUUCUUUUUUUUUUUGUUUUUUUUUUUGUUCAGUGAGAGUCUCAGGGUAUGUAAGGUUCACUGCAAUGGAAUUUUUGACAUGUGCAGUGGGUGAGUCAGGAAAGGAGUAGUAGUAUGUAAUGGAAGGAGUAGUCUUUUGAUGUCUUAUGUUGUUAAUAGUUUAAUGUAACUUUGUAAGGUGUCUUAUCUCCUUGGUUAGGCUGUUGUUUUUGUUAUGCAUGAUCAAGGAGACUUUGUAUGUGUCUGUUUGUUUAGGAACUUAAUUAAUGUAUGACUUAUGUUUAUUACUGCA